AUGACAGGAGCGCUUAGCUGUGGCCAGGCCAACGCCCUCACGAUGAACACCAACGACCCGCUCGCGCUGCUCCAAAGCUGGGCCGCAGAGACGACCGACGACUGGACCAAGGAGGUGCAGAAGGAGGUGAGGCGCCAGAAGCGCAUCCAGACCUUUCUUCGCCUCCGCGCGCGCAAGAAACAAGAGCUGGCUGAGCUGCGGUAUGAACGCGAUCGGCUGGAGACCGAGGUCCAGCCACGUUUUGCCGCGAUGGAGAUCGUGGCGAAUCAAGAGCGGACGGCUGAAGUCGACAUGAGCGACGCAGUCCGUCGCCUUGCACUCGAGUGUGGUAACUUCCGCGCGGAAACCCUCGAGCUCCACGUUCGCGACGCGAGCAUGAUCUCGCACUGGGUUUCCUGCGCUGUCCAAGACGAGCCAGGGUGGCGGGUGUGUUUCUCUCGCCGCGAGCCGUCGUUCUACUUCCACCCGUUCUCACGACCGGAGUUCGAGUCAAGCUUUGAAGUCUGCGACAGAAUGUUGGCCGUGAAUUUGCCGUGCUCGUCGAUCCAAGGUUCAUUUCUCGAUGGCGCGGACGCUUUCAUGACUUCGGUGCCUGUCGAUGCUGCUAGUGUGCUUAUCAUCCCGCCGGACGGAAGUCACCCGCCGCGAGAUCUCGUCAGCAUGCAGGUGCUGCAGGAGUUUGACAAAAAUCGCUUUGUCAUGGUUUGCAACAUUCCAGGCCAAGUUCACACCCGCUUUUCCAGGCUCACCGACGAAAUCGAGCGAUUGAAGUGCCACAUCCGGACGUUCAGUGGGCCCACGGGGCCGGGGUGUGCAUGA